AUGAAUUGGUUCGAUGCAUCGGGGCUAACAAGUUUAGCCAAAUCAGCUUUAAAGGAAGCUCAGAAAACUAUCGAUAAGGCUCUGGAUAUUGAUGAUGACAGCAGCGAGGAUCAGGAAGAGCCGACUGGGACUUCUACUUCUAAGUCAUCACCUACCAGAAGUAUGAAUGAUAAAGAUAAUUCAGACUUUUUUUCUUCUUGGGGCCUAACGGUGAGUGCCGAAAGUGAGAGAGAAAAUCCAAUACAGGAACAGCCCGUCGUCACGAUGAGCCCAUCUAAAUCUAAUUCCCAAAGUUUAUGGGGAUCCUUUGCUGGUUCCUUUUUUGAGCAAACAAAAUCUGAAGGUGAGACAAUAGUCCGACCACCCAAGGCCAAGUCUAUGAACCUCAUUUCGGAUAAAUAUGACAGCCAAGACGAUUUGUUUUCUUCUAGUCAGUUAGUGAUGUCAGAUGGUGGUGACGGUGGGAAUGUAAAGAAAGAAGUUCCUAAGUGUGAGGAGCGUCGUGACUCAACAAUGUCUAAUGUUUUGUCAUUUAUGUCCAGCAGGAACAGCUCUGAUUCUGUGGAGGUUCUGUCACAAAGUUUGAAGUCAUCGCCGGAGUCUGAAGCCGCUUCUUGUCACACCAUCUCUAAUUCUCACAGUAGUAGUGUUGGUGUUAAGCAUAAUUCUGAAUCAGUUGAAAUAUUACCUGAUAGUCUUGUGAGUCCCAGCUCUAUAGAGUGCUUAGGCUUUGAUAGUUAUGCAAGUGACAAAAACAGCAGCAAUUCAUCUAAUCUGUCUCCAGGUGAGACAUCAGACAAGAAGUCUACACCGGUUGGAGAAAGAACUGAAAGGGCUGAAACUGCAGACAGUGUGAGUUUGGUAGCAGAUGAUGAUGAGGAUACCAUGUCUUAUAACUCCAUUUCUGAAUGCACGGCCCCCACGGUCCUUGAUACAGAUGACAACUCCAUGAGUCCCUUUCCAAAACUUGCCAGAUCCGAAUUUAAAAAAACUAAUGAAAGGGACCUCGUUUACUUGGAGCAGCCUCUGGCCUCCCAUAAGAUGCAAAUCAGUGAAAACUCUUCUAAUGACGGCUCUUGGUCAGACAGAACCUUAAAUGCUGAUAAUGAGAGUGUUAUCUUAGAAAAAUCUAUAGAGGAGCAGAAAAAGUAUAGCCAGGAAGAUGUUUUAAUGGAUAAACUAAGUGAUUCAUCUUCAUUUUAUAAUGUCAAUGUGACUAGUGAUUUAUUACAGUCUGAGAGCUCUGCUUUUGUGAAUGUAGAGAAACGACAGUGUAGUCACUCUACAAGCAAUGAUUCAUCCCAGAGAGAAACCAGUGUAAAGGAGAGGACCUCUCCUGUGAGUUCCGACAGCAAAAGUGAUAUGGUCAAGAUUGGGUCCGACCAAACCUCUGGGCAUACUUCUGGUGAUGAACUCGAGACUGCCACAUCUUCUGACAUAGAAAUCAUUCCAAGCCCUAACGGGGAAAGCAGCAACGGUUGCAGAAACAGUCCAGGAAAAUAUGGCUUCAAAGCAAAAGUGGAUGGGGCUACAUCACCCAACCUUGUAGAUUUAGUAUUAGGAAAGAGCCUGGCUUCUAAGAUACGCGGACAUAAUAGAGAAUUGUCCGAAGCUUCGAUACAGAGCAACACCAGUGACGACAGCCAGGGUUCAGAUAAUGAUAAGCUGAUGAGAAGGUUGUGUGAGAUGACCGAGAUCUUGGACGCGAGGGAGUCGAGGUUGAUGGAGGUGAGCAGGAACAACGCGGAGCUGGCUGAGUGUAACGCCAGCCUCAAGAGUCAGAUAGAGAGUUUACUGAACAAGCACGACGGAGGAGACAUCAACACCAUCACGGAGGACUACACGCAGAGGAUGUCUGCGCUGGAGAAGAAGUUCCAGCAGGCCAUCAGGGAGAAGGACCAAUUGAGGAAGCAGUUAGACACCUUGAAAUCGGACACGACGCGCAAGAACUCGUCGGAACUGGAGAACACUAUAAAGGAAAAAGACGAGAUGAUCUGCCAACUACAGGAGGAGGGGGAGAAGCUGGCCAGGCACGAGCUGCAACACACUAACAUCAUCAAGAAACUACGGGCCAAGGAAAAGGACAACGAACAGGUCAUCAAGGGACUGAGAGACAAGAUAGCUGAUCAGACGAGUGAGCUGGAGCGGAUGAAGAGAUGUCUGUCAGCCAAGGAGGAGCUGGAGGUGAACCAGAUAGAGGCCGUGUACAGACUCACGGCCGGCAACAAGACUCUGGAGGCCGAGCUGGCUGAGACAAAGAGCUCGCUGGAUGACACGACUCAGAGGCUGGCCACGUGCCGCGCGUCCCUGGAGGCGGCCAGGAGGGAGCUGACCGACCUGCAGCGGGGCGGGGCGGAGGUCGAGCGGCUCAGGGGGGAGCUGCAGCGGGCCAGGGAGGAGGAGAGGCGCGCGAGGGAACACGCGGACAGACUGACAGAGGAGAUGAGGCUGCUGCGGACUGAGAGGAGGGCGGAGGAGCAGCGCUGGGCGGCUCGCGAGGAGGCUCUGCGGCGCGAGGUGCGGGCGGCGGCGGAGGCUCGCGCGGUCGGCGAGGCGCUGGACGACCACGACACGGCGCUCCUACAGCAGCUGGCCGCGCUGCAGAGAGCCGCGCUCGCCCGCGAACAGGAACAACGACUGUACCGGGCCGCGCUCGACGCCAGGCUCGCUGAAGCAGAGACGAUCGCCGCCAAGGCCAAGGAGAGGGAGAGACUUCUGAGAGAAGAGAACAGCGCUCUGGCGGAGACACUGGCGGGGGAGAGGAGCCGCGGGGAGAGGGGGGAGGAGAGGCGCAGGGAGAUGGAGCACGAACUACAGGCGGCGAGGGGCAGGAUACACGAGCUGACACACGAGCUGGACAGAAAAACGAGGGAGCUGGAACAGAUCCGGGCAGAGAGUGAGAGGCAGAUAGAGGAACUGAGGGCGAGAGUGAGCGAGACGGAACACGCGCUGGCCGAGGAGAGGGAGGCCCUCGACACGGAGAGGAGGAGGAACGUGAUACUACAGGAGCAAGUGUCGAGCCGCGGAGACGUGUCUCCGGCGCGCUCCGUCACCUCCGACAUCGGCUCAACCUCCUUCUGGACCGAGGAGGCGGGCGUGAGCGCGCUGGCCGUGGAGCAGGCGCUGAGUCAGAUGACGCGCGAGCGGGGCUCCCGGCGCGGGCGGGACGACCAACUGGCGCGCCUGGCCGCCGAGCGGGCCGCGCUGGCCGGCGAGCUGGCCGCGCUCAGGACCCGCCUGGCCGACCACGACGAGCUGCUGCAGAUGUACGGCGAGAAGGAGGAGCAGCUGCACGAGCUGCGCCUCGACCUGCAUGACGUCACGCAGCUCUACAAGCAGCAGCUGGACGAGCUGCUCACGCUGCGGAGGAGGCUCGACGAGCGGACAUGA